AACGCUCGCCAAGACAUUAGACUACAGUUAGCGAGCACAAUCCACAGUCGGUCAUGUGCCAUCGGUAAGUAAACGCCUUGCUGUUUUCACGAAAUAUAAUAUACGAACAAUCAGCUGAUGUUGGUCAUUCGUUGAAGGUUAGAUAUAAUACGAAUUAAUAAUGACUACAUUACGGACCACCACUACAACUGAAUUUCGAAAACGAGUAUAUUUCGAUGGGUCGCCAUCACACGUUUUCAAUGACAAAUGUCUAACGCCUUUAAUGAAAGCAUGUAUGUACGGACGAUCCGAACAAGUCAAACUAAUCCUAGAAGAAAAACCAUUGACAGUGGUAGAACGGGAUAGUGUUUUUAAGACUGCGUUGCAUUACUGUGCCGAAAACGACGAGGACGAUGCAGACUGCGCUAAGCUUCUGCUGGAAGCCGAUCCAUCAAUAGUCGAUAUACCCGACGACGAUGGUCACACGGCUCUACAUUUGGCUGUAAUCGCUGGUAAUUUGCCGUUAGUUCGAUUCCUGCUCGUGUCCGGCCAGGCGGACCCAAAUAAGCGAGAUGCUGAAGGUCACUCGACUGUACAUUGGGCGACAGUGUGCGCAGACGUGGAUGCUCUCGAGUUGGUGCUCAGCCACGGCGGCACAACCAGUUCGGCAGACGUGCACGGUGGAUACGCCGUCCAUUACGCCGCUCAGAUGUGCGGCAACGGAGCGUGUCGUUCAGCCGACGCUCGGAACACCGGUGUCCGCGUGUUGCAGCUGUUACUGUCGUUCGGCGCCGACGUCCACGUGGCCGACAAACACGGACGCCAACCGAUUUUGUGGGCAGCCAGCGCGGGUAGUGCGGAUGCUAUCAUAACUUUGGUGAACGGUGGAGCAAACGUCGAAUCGCAUGACAAAGAUGGACUGACAGCGUUGCACUGUGCGGCCAGUCGAGGACACGUGGAAUGCGUAGACGGACUUUUGACGUUGUGUGGAUGCGAAGUUGACGCAGUGGACAGCAACAGUUGCUCAGCUCUGUUCUACGCCGUGACAUUAGGCCACGCGGACGCGACUGAGAUGCUAUUAGAACAUGGAGCUAAUCCCGAUCGACAGGACGGCAAAGGAAGAACGCCAGCCCAUUGCGGUGCUUUUAAAGGUCAAUUGGAAACGGUCCGACUUUUAGCUGAACACGGUGCCAAUUUAUGGUUGCGAAACUCAAAGGGUGGUUAUCCAUUACACGACGCUGUGAGGUCGGGUCGCAAGGAGUUAGUCCUUUGGUUGAUAUCAAUGCGUCCAGAGUCCGUAGAUUAUUAUGAUGACGACGGUAAACGACCAUUGCAUAUCGCUGCUCUUAACAACAAUUUGGAAAUGAGUAAGAUUAUCUUAGAUAACGGAGCAUCAAUUAACCCAGUAAUGAAAAUCAAAGGAGAACGAAUGACACCACUUGAUGUAGCUCUACGAAAAAACAAUAGACAUUUAGCGAAGUUUUUAAAUCUUUUUGGUGGUAAACCAGCUAGCAAGUUAAAUAAAACAUUGUCAAAACAACAAUCUACUGUACGUGUUAAGACUAAAAGAAUUGAAUCUCGAAGAAAUUCAUAUUCAUCUGAUUCAAUUAGCCGUAAAUAUCGUAAUGGCGGUGGUCGGAAAAAACAACUCAACUCUCGCAAAUCUGAGAGUCCGAAACCUAAUAAAACAUCAAAGGGUCGUGUAGUUCAAGUGCACAUAAGGGCAAACGUGUUGACGAAAACGGUCGGCAAGUCGCGAGACGACAGAAAGUCGUGCGGCGGUGGAGGCGGCACGUUACCAAAAGCUCAUCGGAAAAAGGCGACCGGCGUUGCCAACGAGCCAAAGGAAUGUUUCAGUGAAAACGAUAUGUGUUACGGCGGCGACGGCGACGACUACGACUACGAUUAUGACGACGACGACCACUAUGAUGACGACGACGAGGACGACGAGGACGACGACGAAGAUGACGUUGAUGACGGUGACGAUGACUGUGCAGACGGUGUCGGCGGCGGCGUCGAAGAACAGACAAACGGUUCGGCUGCGGCGGCGGCGGCCGAUCAUUGUGGUAGCAGCAGACGACUGCACAGGAACAGGCGUCGUGGUAACAGGACAGCGACUCGGGGCGGUAGCGGCGGCGGACGUCGGCGACGUGAUAAGGCGACGUCCAAAGCGAAUACUGCCGCCGACGACCAACAAGAAUUACGCACGGACGGAAUCGCAACUAAAGCGACUUCCGGUGAGGUCGUCGGCGGUGGUAGCGACAAACCCGUCGGAGCAAACUUAACUCCCGGUGAACUCGACCAGGACAGCGUGAAGCCAAAAACUACCGUGGAAAAUGUGGACGCUAACCCUGAUGGUAUACGAAUAACGGACGGUCAAGCAUCAGUGAAGGAAAAAGUUGAAGACAACGUCGAUCACCCGGUAGUGUCGGUGACGGGGCCCGAAGAGACGUCGCACGAUAGCCACGAAAAAAGAGACGGUGGUCCGACGGCGGCCUUUGUAGAAGAACAGGAAUUUGGUGAUUCGACGGUGGACGGUCCGUCGGUGACGAAAAGUGGUGCGCCGACAUCGACGGCUAAGAAAGGUGGUGAGGCGACAGUGACUGCAAAAGGAAAUGUGGCUGAACGGUCGACGAGUCGUGAGGGAGGCAAAACGCAGACGAAGGGCCAACCCGACAGCGGCAGGGCCAUAGUCGAAGUAUUGGAUCGCGUGGACACGCCACAACUGUCGGCCACGAUCGACGGCGACGGCGAUGUCGGGGUGGGAGUCGUCGUCGGAAGUCGAAACUUCGUCGGCGAACCGACCGCGUUCAGUGUGUUGCCCGACGCAGGACGUGAAGACGAUAGACCUUGCGAGUGUCCCGAUUGUUGCAAGCGAAAACCGUCGCGGUCGACUUCGAAAAAAAUGAAAAGCCGAAUUCCUCGAUUGAAUAACUACUGUAGUCUAGCGCCUAAUUCUGAUCUAAACACCAUGUCUGUAACGAAAGCAGUUCAAUUGAGCAGUAGAAAGUAUAAUUUGGAACGGUUAAUUUUUUAUCAACUGUCCGAAUUAAAACGGUUACAAAUCAGAGCGGGCAAGUCGGACGAACGAGUAUUGGUUAAACGACUGGUUGAAGAGUAUGGUAGUACAGGAUUAUUUACUGGAUUGAAAAGAUACGACGGACCCUUUUCGUUUAAGCGUUUCGAAAAAUAUUUAUACGAUCAACUGCUGGUAUUGCAAAAACAAUCGUUGGCCGACGACAAAACCACGGUCCCCAGGGUGCAGUCAAUCGACGAAGUGGAAAAACUGGCCGGAGCUUUGCGCCGCAUCGACGCCGGCAAAACGGUGCUGGAGAACCCAAACGAUUGUCUGUCGUGUGUCCGGACCACGAACAGGUGUUUUCACGCCACUCACGCGUACACCGGUGUGCCUUGUGCCGCAUACAUACCAAAGUUCCGAUUGGACCACCAUCGGAUGCCGAAACCGCCUGCUGACGACGGCCGCCGCCACCGCUUCCUGCCGGACAUCCGGACGGGCCAGGACAUAUCCGGCGGGACCACCACCCGGUGUCUACGAAACGUGGACCCGUCCAGGCCAAUCACGCUGCAGCUGGGCAACGGGCCCUGCGCUCAGGCCAUCGACUUGCCCACCGACAAGUUGGACAAGAACAGGCGGUACUUCGUGACGUUCACGAUCAAGGGGGCCGGUGAUGGCUCGCACAACAGACACCGUCCACCGCCUCCACCGGCGUUCCGGGCGGACGGUCGCCGCGGCCACGCCGUCGACUGUAAUCCGCCGCUCGCCCACACUCACGCUAAAAGCUUUUAGCGUUUUUCUGUUUUAUUUUUUUUCAAACUGCCACCGCAUUAUAAGUGGACUUCGCAUUGGAUGCGAAGUGUAUCGAAUCUUUCGGUAGCCCGAUUUAUCACUAAGAUAUUAGAUUUUAACGCAGCCAACAUUUUGCGCAAGAACGUAGUCAUAUCCCGCAUAGGUACUCUGUCUUACUCUUACUCAUGUUAUGGAGUUCUAGGCCACUUUGUACGGCUAAACAUUAAAAGUGCAAAACGCGGACACUUUAUAUACGGUCGGGUAAAACUUUAGAUUGUAGAAUGUGGACACUAUGUACUACUAUAGGUAUACAAAUUAUACACAUAAAGUAUAGGUAUUUUAGGCAGUGUUUGGUAAGUUUCUUAUAAAAAUGAAUUCGU